AGUUAAUCAUCCAACAUGGCGCAGACUCGAGUCAGUGAAUUUUUCCCAAGCAAGAAGAAGUCGCGCCACAGCAAUGCCACAAAACGGAGAAAAGUGGAACUCACCACAACAGAUGAUGACAUUUCAACUUUAAAACAGGCAGUUAGUAGAAAUGUACAGAUUCCCGAACAACUGGAAGAGACAAAAGUUGAGUGCACGAAAACCACUUCUCAGAAAACAAAAACAAGCGCACGGACGAAAUCGGUUGUGAAGAGCAACCAAAAACCGGUACGGCAAUCCACAAGGAAAGGCAAAAAUGCUGAAAACGAUUCUAGUCAACGUAAGAUAUCUGAUAUAUUCUCAUCCCCGUUCAAUGAAUACAAAAACAACACCGAGCCAUUGUCUUUCAAUUUUCAAAAUGAAACGUCAGAAGCAGUCCCCUCAGCCUGGGAUGAACAUGAUGGCCCAGACAGCACUCCAACGAAACAGUUACGUCUUAGUGCAGAUACGGCAAGUCGCAGGUCACGCAAGGAGAUCCAAAAUGAGGGUAUUACUGAAGAAAAUACGCCAGAGAAAGAAAGUCAAGAAGCCUCCGUUGUCCCAACUAAACGCUAUGCAAGGAAACGAUUACAGAUGAGUCAGAAAUCAAAUGUUGAAAAGACGUCGGUAGUGGAUGUGAACACGGUUGUUUCAUCCAUGAAAUUGUCUGAGCAGAUGAUAUCGCCGCUUCCUGUGACACCAGAUACCUUGAAAACCCCCACCAAGUCCAAGAGCCCCAGCAUCCCAACCUCUCCCAAUGUGAAGGCGGCCAUAGAGAAGUGUAAAAAGCUAAUGCAGUCGGGGCAAGGGGACACAAAGGUGAAGGAGAAGCAGAUCAAAGCUGAGAUCAAAGCCAGACUGAAGAAAUGUGGCAAGAUGGAGGAAUUGAAGUCCCAGUUGUCGGACAUGAACAAAAAAAUAAACCAGCUGAAGAAACCGCUCCCUAAACUCCAGAAGUUUGACAACAUUGACAUUGAAGUGGAACAACCGGUGAUCCAACAAAGCCCAAUCAAGAGCAGUCCGGUGAAGAGUGAAGCCAAGGAUCCAGCAUACAUGCGACACCACACGCUAGCUAGUCCCAUUCCCCCCACGCUGACCCUCCCCUACAAGUACAAGCUGCUGAUGGAGAUGUUCCGGGGCAUGGACACAGUCGUCAGUAUGAUGCACAACCGCUGUGAGAUCUGCACCUUCUCCAAACUCAAGGUGGCGGUGCAGACUAUGACAAAACGGAACUUUGAGCAAAAGAACGUCCAACAGAUAAAACAUGUCUACCCAAGUGCCUACCACUACCGUCAGGAGAGAGUCCCAUGCUACGGGAAGAAAAUGAGUGACUAUCAGCUGACUGUUGAAGCCAACUUGAGUGAAAAUCCAUGUGGCUGUCUGAAGUUGGGGAACAAGGAUGGAAAACUGAACUUUAGCGCCACCCAGCUGCUGCAGAGGAGGCAGACCUUCCAUAAUGGCUUGAUAUCCAUUGUCAAGCAGCAUCACCAGGAAUUCUUGGCUAACCUGUCUCGUCCCCUGAACAUACCAGAGAGUAAGGUCACAAGGUGGCACCCCAACUUCCAUGUGGAUGAGGUACCUGAGGUUGAGUUGUCUUCCCUACCUGAGCCUCCCAAUGUCCGCAAGUACCAGUCAGCCAAGGACGUCCUUGAAGUCACCCGAGGAAAGCUGAUUCCAAAGGUGGAACAAGCACUUGCUGAUGUGGCCAAAAACUCAUCAGCAGCAGUAAAACUGAAAUAAAACAAGAACCGAAUGUCCAAGCCUCCACUGCUACAACAGCCAUGAAGGGCGUUCCAUCAUCGCUGCUUGAGAGG